UGAUUUUACACGGUCGGGUUGUGCGCAGGUGUUUAUCACGAUACGAGCCAACUGCCGGCUCGAACCUUCGAAUCACCGUUGUUACCCAAAUCCUAUAUAUAUUUCCAACUCCUGCCGAGGAUCUAUUCAAUUCUCCAUUCUAGAAACUGGGAUAUCGUUCCAAGACUCUGCUUGGACCAUGUUCUUCGGGCGAAAAGUUUUUUAACGUGACCCGGUGCUGAGUGAUCGAAAGGCGAUUUUUUCGUCGUUUACAAGAGAGUGCGAGAGAGGAGACGAGCGUAUAUGUUCGAAGAAGGGCGAUACAUGGAAUCGCCUCAUGGAUAAUAACAUGACUACCGCGGCCUACAUGUCUGGACGAUCGUCGAGCGCCUCGAGCACGGGGACCGGUUCAUCGGCCGGUGGUGCUCCCGGAACCGGAAGCACCAGCGACGGUAGGAUGGCCGUCAUAGGGGUUACCAGAAAUGUGCGAUUGCGCCGCGGCUAUCCCGGCUUUGGUUUUUCACUCAGAGGCGGCCUCGAAUACGGGGCUGGAUUCUACGUCAGCGAUGUCGAACCCGGAGGCGAAGCUCAUAAAAUGGGCUUGAGGGUAGGAGAUCAAAUCUUACGAAUGAACGGACAUCCUGUUGAAGAUGCCGUACAUCGCGAAAUCGCUCUUUUGGCGAAACAUCGACAGGACUUGGUACUCAAAAUUCGAAGCGUCGGCAUGAUACCCGUCAAAGAUAAUCCCAACGAUCCGGUAACGUGGCAUAUGGUUCAGCAGCAACAUCACCAACAACAACAACAACAACAACAACAACAGCAGCAGCAGCAGCAGCAGCAACAACAACAACAACAACAACAACAACAGCAACACCACCACCACCACCACCAGCAGCAACUGCAACAACAUCCGCUUUACAAGGGAACCGCCGCCGUCGCCCCGUCUUACAACCAAGUCCGUCUUAGAAUUCAUGUUGGCGAAAAGGGACGACUCGGUUGCGGAGUUUGCAGAGGAAUCGUCCCGGGUCUCACGGUUCAGGGAACUCGCGAAGGUGGACCAGCUCGGGCCGCCGGUCUCAAAGCCGGUGAUGUAAUAAUCUGGUGCAACGGUCAACGUCUGACAAAUAUUCCAUUCGAGCGAGCUAUCGAGGUGAUGCGAGGUGCCGAUAUUCUCGAGGUCGUUGUCAAUCGACCGGUAAUUACGCAUCCACCCUACGAUCAUCCGACAAUACGCGCUUCCCCCGGUUACGACAUGACUCGCUCUUUUGGACCGUACAAUAAUCCUCCCUCUGGCAUUAUAAACUUGAAGGGCGGUUGGCCUAUGUCAAUGUCAACGAGCAGCUGUUCAUCUUCCGAUUGGAGCAGUUCGAGCGAUCAACCACCCACGGAAUGGUCGAGAAAAUCAAACAACACAACGGUUAUAAGAGUCAAUCAGAACACGAACCCGGGGUAUUUGUGUCAUCCGGCUUAUCGUCAGAAUCACUCUGCCGCCGGUUCGAGACUCGAGGACGAAGAGCCCUUGUACGAUCCUGUCGCUCCGCGAGAUUACGAGUCUCACGAUUUCGACGCGAAUCCGCGCGACAACAGAAAUUGUCGUACUUCUUACGUUCGGGACAAUGCCUCGACGAUAUACGAUUCUCCGCCUGUCGACGAGCGUAACGCUUACAAUAUUCCUAAGGAAAAUGGACGUCAACAGGAGAACCACCGUCUCGGCGAUGGUCAGUCGAACGAAAGGAAGAGCUCGACGGUCACGACGGUGGAAGUACAUCAGAGCGCUUGUCCACCGGCCCCACCGUGUAUGCCACCCCCAAUGCCUCACAAAUGGCAGCCAGAAACAAAGCAAAUGAUCGCGAUGGGUGUUCAAAUGGGGAGCACACUGUCAAUGGGAAGUACCGGAUCAACGGAAACGGAAUCGAGUUUGGAAUCGUCUUGUGGAAAAGAUUCGGCCUCGACAUCCUCAUCGGUAUCGACGUCAUCGUGCGAACCUGCGUCGACCGGGUCGUUCGCUUCGACAACACCGGGCUCCGUCGGAUGUGCCAUUAAAACGUCAGAACCUCCCCGAGUGCCACGACCUUGCACCAUGACCAAUUCACCUUCACCCAAUACCGAUCUUGGUGCUGCUAUUACUCAAGAAUUACAGAGGCGAGCACAGCAGAGACUCUUGAACGCCGCCAAGGCCGAAGCAGCGAGAGAAAUAUUAUUGUCCGAACCGAAGAAAACGCACAAUCCGGAAGCACUCAGAGCACAAGAGAAUAAAGUCACGCACGACAAAUUGAUGGAAGAAUUCAAACGCGCCCAUCGUAAAAUGUUCAAUGGCAAUCCGCAGCGAAAUCAACUUCCCGAUCAGCCAGACGAAAAGGAACAGGAGAAACGAAUAACGAAUGGAACAUCUGGCGGUCCACCUCCUCCGCCACUUCCGGCCUCGGUUCAAUCGUCAACCGCGAAGAGCCCCGAAGAAGAUGCGGUCGAGAUGCAAAGUAUCGAGUCUUUCAAGUUGAAAGAAAGCCCAAGUCCGUUGAUACCUAAACCUCCGUCGACUUAUUUUUCGCUGUCAAAUUCAGGCGCAAAUUCGCCAACCUCAUCGGCCGGAAGUCCCAGGCACGCAACUUCACCGGCCAAAAGUGCGUUGCAUUCCAAUGGCUAUGCAUCGAAUCAAUCUGUAAAUAGCAAUAACCUAAAUCGGACGACGUUCGACCAAAAGACCAAAAGUUCAUCGGGUGAAAAAGUUGCAUCGGCGGCGAUGCCAGUGUCGAGCUUCGGACCGGGAAAAGUCGCCGUUAGGAUCGGCGCUUACGAGGGCGAAACGAAACAGCCUUCGAGAUUGGAUUUUUUGCCGCAAACACCGCCCCGAGCUCCCGAAUUACCAUCGACCAAAAUUAUACCCGAAGAAGUCGUUGACGGUCCCGUUGUCUCUAGACUUCAAAAUGAAUUGGCUGCUACUCUACAACGCUCGAAUCUUCGCAAAAAAACUGAAGCGGAAGAGAACACCGUCGCUAAAUCAAUUCCCGAUUGUUCCGUGACUCCGGUGGAUCCGAUUCAAAAUUCGAGUCCAGACCUCGAGAACGGAGUUUCCCUUCUACAGAGCAACGUUGAAAAGCUUGCAGCAGCUUUGUCCAACAGAGUGACGAUAAAAGUCAGUCCUGAAAAUGGUUCGCGAUAAGAUUGAACAUUUUAUUAUUGCACGACGGGCAAACCUCGAGCGAUUUUUGAGAAAGAAAGAGAGAAAAGAAAACGGAAGGGCCAAGGUUGAAUUCCACACACGGAGUUUGGACAACGUCGUUGAGCUUUUUUUUCGAACGAAAAAUCGAAGAAUCGAUAAUUUCGAUACUUUUGUAUGUAUUUAAUUUACCGAGAGAAAAAAGAAAAAAAAUUUCCUCCAAGCAAACCACCGAGAGCCUAUUGGUAGGUAAAAAAAUCAUACUGCGGUCAGUUGUGAGAGAAAAAACAUACUCGAUACUCUUUGAUUCUUUUUUUAUGCCUCAUCUAUUAUGUAUUAAUUGAUUUUUAUAUAUGAAUUUAAUACCUUUUAUAUAUAUAAAUUAUAUAUAAAUACAUAACGCGUACGAUAUCAUAGGUACGCGUGAAUUUUAUACAUUUACCAACGAUACCAUCGGGUACCUUAAAAUCAUUAGUCACAUAGAUAUACCCGCAUAAUAAAUAUAGAAUAAACCCUAGAAUAUUUUACGUAUCAUAA